AUGUCAUCCUCCGUGCCACUUCUGCGCCCACCGGUGCCAGGCAGCCGCAACAGCAGUAACAGCGGCAGUCCACGCGCGCCGAAACUCACGCUCGGCAUCCCUCCCUCGCCCAACACCAAACCGGUCAAUGGGAACGGCGCCCCCGCGGUUCCUGAUGGCCCUCAACUCCCGCGCCAGUCGUCACGGCCAGCGCUCCCACAACUGCGCCUGCCGUCCACGGGCAGUCAAAAUGUCCCGCAAGAACAAACCCUCAUGCCCAACGGCAAACCAACCCCGCCACCACUGUCCACCAACAGGUUAGAUACCAAUGGAGGAGGCAACCUGGAAAGCAAGGGCAGCGGCCCUGCGUCUGCAAACUCCUCCUUUUCGGCGCUAUCCUUUGCCAUGGAACUCCGCCAAACGGAUGGCAGCUCGAAUCCGUCGUCGGCAAUCGGUGAUGGAUCCAUCCAAGAUGGUACGAACAACGUGAACGGGUUAACGGUGGAUUUGGAUAAGUUGAGCCUGGAGAAGGGCCGGCCCCUUGAUGUAGAGGAUCUAGAUGAUGAAGGCUGGUACGCGGCCAGCGAGCAAAAGAAGAUUGUCGAGUUGGGAAGCUUGGGAGAGGGUGCUGGCGGUGCCGUCACUCGCUGUAAACUCAAGGAUGGCAAGACGGUGUUCGCGUUGAAGAUCAUCACGACGGACCCGAAUCCCGAUGUCAAGAAGCAGAUUGUCCGGGAGCUCAACUUCAAUAAAGACUGCGCGUCGGAGCAUAUCUGCCGCUAUUACGGAGCGUUCAUGGAUAAAUCAACGGGCACCAUCUCGAUUGCCAUGGAAUUUUGUGAAGGGGGCAGUCUCGACAGUAUAUACAAGGAAGUCAAGAAACUGGGUGGGCGAACGGGCGAGAAGGUGCUUGGCAAGGUUGCUGAGGGCGUCUUGAAUGGCCUGACCUACCUUCACAGCCGGAAGAUUAUCCACCGAGACAUCAAACCCUCCAACAUUCUUUUGUGUCGUAAUGGACAGGUUAAGCUCUGUGAUUUCGGUGUCAGCGGCGAGUUCGGCACCAAGGGUGACGCCAAUACGUUCAUCGGCACCUCCUACUACAUGGCCCCAGAACGCAUUACUGGGCAGUCCUACACCAUCACAUCCGAUGUUUGGUCUCUGGGCGUGACACUGCUGGAAGUUGCGCAACAUCGAUUCCCAUUCCCGGCCGAUGGAACGGUCGAGCAGCCCCGCGCUGGGUUAAUAGACCUCCUCACCUACAUCGUCCGCCAGCCGAUUCCAAAAUUGAAGGAUGAGCCGGACAACAGUAUUCGCUGGUCUGAUAAUUUCAAGUAUUUCAUAGAGUGCUGUUUGGAGAAAGAACCACCGCGACGAGCGACUCCAUGGCGAAUGCUGGAACAUCCAUGGAUGCUAGACAUGAAGAACAAGAAGGUCAACAUGGCGAACUUUCUGUCGCAGGUAUGGGACUGGAAGGAGUGA